AUGCGUGCUUGGAUGCUUUCUUUCUUCGUAGUGAUGCUCACGGCCAUGUGCUUCAUCAUGGCGGAGCCUGUGCCAGUGGAUGCGACAGUAGCGGAGUCGGACGUCAGCAGCAAUGUCCGCCAAAAGAGACAAUAUUUGUGUGGAUACCGCAGCUACAGAACUAUUCAUAUUACCCCAGCUAUGACCUUCUCUAUCAUCCCUCCUUGUCUAUAUGAUUUAACUGAGUAUAACGCACAAUGA